UUUGAGAAGAUGCAUGGAUUCUAAAAUCAAACACACAUCUAGUAGAUUUACCUUAAAAAAAACGAAUUUGACUCGACUCAAUUUGAACGUGUACAUCGGUUGCACAUGAUUAAAAUGUGUUAAACUAUCAUAUAUUAUUGGAUUAUUUUUCGAGGAAAAGAGUGGGAAAUUACGGCAUCAAUUUGUUACAUUUUAAUCAUGUGCAAUCGAAAUAUUAAUAUUUGUUCCCAGUAUAGGAUAGUUUUACGCACUAAUGAUUCUAAUGAAAACAUAAAGCAAACAUGAUCCAUUUACACACAAACAUUUCCGGUCUUUUUCACAGAAUUAAAUCUAUAGCCACACUGCUGUCUGUGCAAAACGUAACCUAAAAUAAUCCCAACACGGUCACUAAUUCGGUAAUUGUCUGCCUCUGUCACACUUUAUAAGAUUAUUUUUCCGAGAUGUAGAUCGUAUUUUUGAAGGAGCGACGUUGUAAACGGUGUUGGCGGUCUUCGAAAGUGAACCGUCAUCGGCCAUAUAGCAAACAAAAUGUUCCAGCGAUGCUCUAUUGUUUGUGCCUCACCGAGCUGAGAUGCACCCACAGGUCGCCUACACUGUCCACAUGGCUACCGAUAGCCUUUAGGUUUUUUUCUCGCCUUUGAAUCUAACCCCUGGUGUGACAAAACAAUAGGAGCAUUUUCUCUUAUAGUACCGUUUGCCACAUUUUGUACUCAAUAAUUAUGCAGCUUCCCACAGUCAACGCCGCCGCCAGGCCUAGGCGUCUAAUUGGUUGUUUUGUGUCACGUGAUCAGGAAUUGGCUGCAUUUUCACCCCACAGUUCUUCAGUUUAUCCUUCCCAGGUCCCCAUACGCAAGUAAUAUCACCAAUAUACACAAUUAUUAUAUUGCCACACGCAUUUACGCUAUCGAGGCCGGAGCUUGCAAGCUCGCGCUAUUUUUUAAAUUUUUGUUUAAUUUAAGCUGUUUCAGUGCUGUAGGAGUCUGCAUGAUUGUGUACGUGCGGUGCGUGUGUGUGAGUGUGUUUUGCAUUUUAUUUUUGGGAAGGGGUUGUUCGGGGGUCUCGUCGUUAGGCAGUGAUAUCGGUUUGAAGGAGCUAUGAAUUUUGAAUUCGAACGUGAGAUCGGUUUUAUAAACAGCCAACCGUCGCUAGCAGAGUGCCUGACGUCCUUCCCUGCCGUCCUGGAGUCAUUUCAAACUUCAUCAAUCAAGGAGUCGACAGUAAUUCCGCCUCCCUUCGAGAACACCAUCCCCAGCCUCAGCCCCUGCACAGCCAGCCAGCCAAGACCAGCUUCAAGGAACCAACAGAACCGGAGAACCUCUGUUAGCAAUGGCCUCCAGACGCACCAGCGACUCCCCCAGCAGCCCUGCCCGCCUGGCCAGGCCCCCACCCCGAACGCAUCCUCUACCGCAGGACCGCCGGCUCAGGAGUUCCCCUGGAUGAAGGAGAAGAAGUCCUCCAAAAAAUGCCCUAAAACUGCCAGCACCUCCGGCAGUGGUGGAUCCACCGUCCAAUCCUCCUCUUCGUCUCCGUCACCGACCGCCUCCGGGUACGCUUCUGCGGGCAUCGAGUCACCCACAGAUCCACAACAGGCUGGUCUGGACGUCGGAGGAGCGGGGUCCCGUCGGCUGCGCACCGCCUACACCAACACGCAACUACUGGAGCUGGAGAAGGAGUUUCACUUCAACAAGUAUCUUUGCCGACCUAGACGAGUGGAGAUUGCCGCCCUUCUGGACUUGACCGAGCGGCAAGUUAAAGUUUGGUUCCAGAACCGGCGCAUGAAACACAAGCGGCAGACGACGCACCACCGGGAUGGGGGUGGCGAUGGGGGAGGAGGAUGCCAGGAAUCCGGCGAGCCGAGUUGCAUUGAGCCGCUCGAAGGGGCCGAUGCUUCAUCACCGUACUCAAGCCAGCCGCUUGAGGCAUCUGGCACCGGGGAGUUAUCGGUCGGCGAGGCGGGGAGCAGUAAUCCAUCUUCAACCGCCCACACCCGUGACAGCGGGGACAAUGUGCUUCCCACGUUGGUGGAAGGAGGCCUAUUGACUCGCCCGGACCUGCCAACGCUGUCGAAUGCAUCUGGCUCCUGUGACUCUGCUGCCAAACAUCCCUCCCCGGAGCCGUUGACCACUAAAAGCUCCACCGAUAACACGAACAUAAGGCUUCUCGAGCAGCCAGACUCUUCCAUCCCCUCCUCUUCGGCCUCCGCUGAGCUCCCCGACCUGACGUUCUUUGCCGGGGACUCCUGCAUGUCACCCAGCCUUCAGAGUUCCCUGGACAGCCCGGUGGAUUUUUCGGAAGAGGACUUCGACUUGUUCACAAGCACACUGUGCACCAUGGACCUUCAACAUCUAAACUUCUGAGGGUUUAAAUCAUAAUUAAAGCAUAUAAAACGAGGGCUCUCAGACAGAACUUAUAUUGUUGGGGGAAAACAAGGUAACAUUCCUGAAUUUAUUUCAGAUUGAAAUUUCAAACUUUGAUAUUUAAAUAUAUAUUUUUCAUCCCUUUGCCAGUAUUAUUUUGACACGCACCAUACAGAGGUAAAAAUACGGGCGAUGACAAGAUUUUUAUCAUUUAAAUAUCAAGUUUAACUUUUGUGUGCCCUCAUUUUCAGGAAUAUGAACUUAGAAUUAAUAUUUAUUAUUUAUUAGAAUUUUUAGAAUGUGUGGAUUUUUUCGAUCCAAAUUUCUCAGGAACUGCUUGGUACCGCUGGACUGCUCUUCGAAAAUCUUAAAAUGAAGAAAUGAACAGCAAAAAUUUCUUGCUGCGACCCAGAGAAGAGGGAAGGCGUGUUGAUGAUUUGAGUUUUAAACCCUAGUUAAUUUAUUCAGAUUCUUUAAACAAUGAGAAACAAAUUAUUUAUUGUAUACAUAUUUUCAUAGUGGAAUACUAAUAUGAUAAUAAAAAUACAAAUACAUCUACGAA